GAUACACAUAUUAUCGAAUAUGUUUCAUUAUACGAGUAAAGGAUUAAACUCGUUAAGUGAGGUUCCACUGUAUAUGGAUUAUACAAGAUCAAGAGUGAGAAGACUUAGGUCGAUAUACUUUUGGACCAAAUUAGGAAUUGUCCCGGUUAUUACGGUCGACUUGAUGAAUGCAUUUCACGCACCAUAUAACCGGAAACACCCUCCACCUCGUGCACAUGCGACUCUGGCGGAUAUAAAAAGAUAAUAACAAGCCAUUAGUACCUCCAGUACCAUUGCAAAUCCCCGAUCAGCAAUGCACAUAGAACAAACAUCGUCCUCGCGAAGCACACAAAGAUAUUGAGAAGCGUUACAACAAAAAGAAUUGCAUUUCAAAAUGCGCUUUAUUUUCCAUGGGGUUGCUUUGCUGCUGUUGGUGAUAACCUGUAGGGGUGGUCCGUUCGAAGAGAUCUGCACGGUUGCUAAGUUAGUGGUGCAAAAGUGUUGGAUGAGAGCUCAAGAGGAGGACCGUCAGAACGCGGUUGCUGGUGUCGAGAAGUGCUUGAAGAGGAAGACGCUCAUCGCUAUGGAUAGGAUCAUCGCCAAGGAAACCAUACAGAUGCCAUACGGGAUUACGCUUGUCAGAGAUGAAGGAAGGAAUAGAAGCAGUUAUGAUAGAAGAUCGGAGAGGAAGAACGGAAAAUUCUACGAGAUGGGAGAUUGGAAAAUGCAGCUGAUUGGGAAGAUCGGAGAGGUUCUGCGUACGCACGUCUUCCGGUUUCCUCUCAUGAAAGCGAAUGUUGUAACAGGUAGGAGAAGACAUCAUCAUCAUCAAAGCCAAGGGAUGAUGCCUCUGAUGAUGUUCGGUGUAAUGGCGAUGGCGAUCAUAGCAAUCCCUCUCGGUUUCCAAUUCUUAGCUGUCCUCGGUGGUAAAGCCUUGCUCUUGGCCAAGCUGGCAUUGAUACUCACUUCGAUUCAAGGCCUCAAGAAAAUCGCGGUCAGCGACGUGAACUACGGUUUCUACGAAAGUGGAUCUAAUCACCAUCAUCAUCCUCACCACUCGAGGCAGCAAUAUCUGUACGACAGGAGGUGGCAACAGAACGGGGCUCCAGGUCACCAUGGAUACGACCAAGGCUUCCCCGAUGUCCCCGAUCAACAACCGGACUCCAUAUACCACAUAAGACCGAGGAUAUCGAAUCACGUCCCCCCCGUCAAUCGAGAUUGAACUAUUAUAUUAUAACACACAACGAUCAUGCAUGCUAUCUCCAUUUGUU